AUGGUAGAAGUCACGCUCGCAAAAGUGCCGGAUUCUGUCCCCAUGGCGCCCCCGACCACACUUCGAGGGCAGUCUGGGGGCAGGAACUCAAUACCUCACUCGCAGCGAUGUGCGUUACGCCGAUACUUCCAGUCAACGACUCCAAAACCUUCUCAUGCAGACUUGAGAGCUUGGUUCAAGGCAGAAUAUGGCUACGAGAUCAGUCAGUCGAGCAUUAGUCGCAGUCUAAGCGAUAAAUUCACAUCUCUCGACAACGGCGGCCCAGUAAAUUCUCGUUAUCGCAUACGUGACUGCCAAUGGCCCUGGAUUGAAACAGAGCUCACGUGCUGGCUUCAAGAUAUUGAACGACGGUCUGUUAGAGUCACCAAUCUCGAAAUUGCCUCAAAAGCUAGUCAAAUCUGGGAGCAUUCCGAUGAAAGUAAGGGCCUUGUGCCGCCAACCUUUUCCACUGGAUGGGUGGUAAACUUCAAAAGACGACACAAGAUACGUGUUCGGUCGGUUCAAAACCAAUGUGAAGUCGAACUAUGUAAAGAGCAGGAUACGGGUGCAACACAAAACCCAGCUGAUCAUGUCCCAUUGUCGCAAGAGUUAGCUACAGUGUUCUUUACAAGGGGCCGAACUCAGAAUGCUGCCGGUGAUUCCCGAGUUGUUCUUCCUCUCUCGAUCGAUCACCAGAUUCAUUUGAUUCAAUACAAUGUCGGCAAUGCACUGAUGAUCAAUAAAUCAUUGAUCCUUGUAAAGGCACUCUUUCUGGAUGGGUCAAAUUCCACCACACGCAUCCCGCAGUUCGCAACACGCGUCUGUGGUGGUCUGGUUGUCAUGGACCGGCCCAACCACUAUGAUCUUCCAAACUCACUUCAUCCGACUCAGCUACAAACGACCUGCGCGCACACAUCCUGGAUUGACCCGUUCCCCUUUCCCAAGUUUCGAGACAAUUUGAUCAAGAAAGGUGUAGAUUUUGUGCCUGAGGAUAUGCUGAGGGAUUUGUUCGAGGACUUGCUCCCAACUCAUGCGCCUUUUAUUGCAGAUGGUAAGAACUGCAUGACUUCCUCAUCUACUGCCCACCUUGGUACUCGUCCACGCGUUCAGAGCGGCGAUCUCGAGAUGGAGGAUUAUGAGGAGCCAGACGACUACACGACUGGACGUCGAUGUUUCAUCAAUUGGGGAAACCCAUGGUCGAUAGAAAACUGGGAGGUCACGCCGGGUUUUAUAAGAAAGUGGGCGUGGGCUUUAGAGGGAUGUGAAGACUUGAUUCGAGCCAGUAAUCGAUGGCGGGCGAUGAGACACGAGAACCCCAUACCUUACCGAUGA